AUGGGCUGUAGCCAAAGCAAAGCGCCAGCGAAGACAGCGACCAACGGAGGGGACACGUCCAGGGGCAACGGUCACACCUGGAUCGCAUCUUACGAGGUGCUUCCUAGGGCCCGCCGCGCGGGUCCGCCGCGAGCUGAUAUCACCGCGCGUCUCGAGGGCCAUCCUCCUGUCAGUCGCAACGACGACGUCACUGAAGUCGCCGUCGUCCACAGGGAAAUGGUUUCAAAGAAUGACAGCAAAUUGUUCAGGGAGCAUUGCACUGUUCCAGAUGCCACUGUUACCGGCUCUCGCAAAUCGUCACGAUCAAAUGUAGAGAGUGAUACUGACGGCAUCAAUAACCAGCGGUUUUCUAGCGUGGUUGGAGAGGGCCAACGCGUCUCGAAUCCAAAGCAGAGUGCGUGUGGCCUUCGUGAGCAGUCUAAUUCUUGCUCAACAGAGUCAUUUACCUAUGACACUGGAGAAAUACAUGUGUGUGCUAGUUCCGGCUGUUCAGUAGUUUGGAGUUGCCCUGCCCCCUUUGGCGCUUCCUCGCAGACGCGUGUCUGCUCACCCUGGUUUAAGCUGCCUGCAAGAAUAUUGAACUUGACAACACACAUAGAAUGGCGGCUUUUCUGGGAAAUGCACGACAGUGAAGAUGAUACACGCUCGUUGUAUCUCGAAUGUCGGCAAGCUGAUCAGGUUUUCCAGGGUCAGCAAGGUGGUGUCACUGUUGUUGAUUUCACCACUGUUAACGAUGUCAGCUCAGCAGCAACAGAAUUGCUAUCGAGAGAAGACGGAGAAAUACAUGGAAGCCUGCAACAGCAAUGGGAAGUUGACACUUGCUUCAGUUUUGCACUCCUUCAGCCUGCUAACAAGAAGGCGGCAACUAACCGCCAUUUUAGACACUGGCGGCAAACCCAGCAAGAUAUGGAACGAGAGCGGCAUGUACAUCAACACCACGAGACGAACAAUAUCUAUGCAACACCAAAUAAUAUCAGCAGCAAUAUUGGAAACGAGAAAGUAUUUAACAAAACGUUUGGUGAGUGCUGCUGCGGUAACGAUUGCCUGAUACUUGAUGCAAUCCAAUUCUCCCAACGUUACAUGGACAUGGCAAUGGUGCAUCGAUUCACGAACAUUUGCUCCGAUAACCCUUGUGGGUUUCAAUGGGGCGCCCACGACUACCUCACACUUGACGAUGUGUACAGAAUUAGCGGUAUCACAAAGAGUGAGGGUCGGUGUCAUCAUGAAAACAAGAAGGAAACAUGCGAGGACCUGUUUAUCGAGUUGCGGUUUCAUGGGGUUCAAGUCACCACACGUGAAGCUAGUAGUUCCGGUGGAGCUGAGAGCUCAGUUCCCGCAUUUCAUCCGCAGGCCUGCCAGGGCCGUGUCGCGUGCAAAGUAGGACCGAGUGAGCAAACUAUUUUGCGAGAUGUGUCAACCACUUCAAUGAGGAAUCUACCACUGAGUUCCUUCCAACGUGCGCUGCCGCUGACAAGGUGCUUGCCACUUAUGAUGACACGUGUACCAUUCUCACCGAACGGUAAUGACACACUUGAGUCUCUUCUUGGCACAAGUGGCUCAAGUGUCCAGCUUCUCAGCCUGUCACCUUUACUCCUUGUCUUUGACCAUUUUCUCUCAGCAGUCGAGUGCGAUGAUCUUGUGGCCAUCGCUGCGCCAGAUCUUCGUCGUUCACGCGUUACUGAUGGCAAACUAUCAGAAGGUCGCACCAGUAGCAGCACAUUUCUAACAGGUUGCAAGCAAGAGGAGCCCCUUGUGCGCGCAAUUGAGCAGCGGUUGCUGCGGGCCGUGCAGUCGGCAACUUUAAUCGCUGCGCAGCCUAAUGUAUAUGACUCUAAUGAGCGGCACGGCCAACCUUACAGAGGAUCUACAUCUCGUUUUAGUCAGAGACCCAAUUUACUACAGGGCGCAGAACCUAUGCAAGUUGUGAGGUACACAGAGGGACAGAUGUACACUGCACACUACGACAACAAACAGGGUUGUUUGCGUCGGACAGCAACAUUCAUGAUGUAUCUAACUGAUGUACACAGUGGCGGAGCCACACACUUUCCGAGGGCAGUGCCAGUGUCGAUGCGAGACGGGUGUGGGGACGCAGCUGGUAUAAGAAUAUGGCCGAAACGAGGCCGUGCGUUGGUGUUUUGGAGCGUCUCGGGUGGUAUCGAAGAUGUGAGGAGUCUGCACGAGGCUGAGCCUGUUAUUGAAGGAGAAAAAUGGAUAGCCACCAAGUGGCUGCGGGAGGACGAAGAUUUGACGUAG